AUGGAGGAGCUACUUAUGACGAUAGUGAAGGAAGCCACUGGAAGCAAGCUUCAAAAUUUAAAACAGGCCGCUCAAAUUGCACAAGAAAAAUUAUCAAGACAGCAAGGCCUCAAUCGGGAUCAUUCCUAUGAACUACGGUCAGUUUGCUUUACGGCGCUGCAGAUGGCACUGGAAACGAAACGUCCAAAAUUUGUCACAUAUGGCUUAAAUGGUCUACAUCGUAUCAUUCGUGAUGAACGUUUCUUUGCUGGACUUGAGCCAGAAGAUGAUUCAUUGUGGCUACCGGCACAACUAUUGAGGUCCACCUCUUGUCUAUCGACCACUGCGAACGAAGACACUGUUGUCAAUGUAUUACGACUUAUUCUAGCUAUGGCUUGCUCACCAACGUGCACACUGAACGGUCGUCUGCUAAUAGAAGUCCUGUCAAAGUGCGGCGAAUGCUGGGAAAAUGGUUCUCGGGCGGUAAAAGCUGCCUCGUUGGCGGCCGGAAGUCAAUGCUUGCGAACAUUCUGUGCAUUUCUGAAAGACGAGGCAGAAGAAAUCAUACGACUUGAUCCGACCGGUAUCAUUAGCAUGAGCAUGGCUGCAGCAGUUUACAACGAGGUAAUUCCUGUAAUGCAGUGGUUGUGCAGCCGGCUAGUAGAGCCUUCUACAGGCAAUCCUAAGGCCAUAGAGACAGGAAGCAGCUCUCUAUAUUUAAUGGAGUGUAUACUGACAUUGGUAGUAUCACUACCGUCGGACGUUCACGCGAAUCCCCAUUUCACUGCAUUUCUUUGGCAAAAAUUCUGCCCUACGCUUGCCGCCACGAUGGGUUCGCCGGGAAGGGUUAAUAAAAGUAAAAAGUUUACAUACCGCGAUGCAAUAAAUUUGAUCGAGAGUGAAAAUCGAGGAUUCUUCACGCGCCCUGGACUCGACGGGCUACAGGCACGGUGCAUAUAUCUGACCAGCAUCCAAUUGCUACGAAUAGCAGGUGCCCAAGGAAGUCUUCGACCAAUGCUCGAGGCUUUGUUCCACCGGAUGCUUCUACUGCCCGUUCCAAGCAAUCGUGUUGAGCCGUUACGCUACGCGCGGGAAAUAUUCAAAUCGCCCGAACGCUUAAUCGACCUUGCCAUCAUUCUGUAUCCCGACAAAACGCAAAGCAGUAGCGAUGACAUGGCACUGUUUCGAUUGGUAAUCGAUGCUAUGGAGGAGUGUGCCGUCUCAUGGCACAAUGGGAGUACGUCCGUGUAUGGUGCUCUUAGUUCGAGUGUUGAAUGCAUUGUUGCAUUGCUCGAAAGUCUCAAGAUGCUAUCGUCUGGAAACUUUGACGAAUCGCUGAUCGAUGAUCGCAUCGCAGAAGCAGUCAACCUUCGUUACUCGCAGCUAGCCGAUGCGGACUAUAGUGGACCGCUUACAUAUCAGUCAAUGGCCCGGUUACCUCCUCUUUAUCGCGAUGCUGUUGCUGAGCUGCGACAAAUCGAGUCUUCCUCCGAUUCCGAUGCAGACGUCGAGCAGACCUUGGACCCGGAUGUAGGAUCUAUCGGUUCGGGCGACACAGAGGGCCCGGAAGAUGAAACACCCUCUUCUGGCGAUGAUGUUUCGUCGAGAACGAGCCAAGGCAACUGGUUGUGGUCACAUGUUGAAGAGUCGUUCGGUUCCCGGUCGGACGGCGACUACGAUAGGCAUCAUGCUCGCGAGUUUGCUGUGAUCUUGACGAACGUGCUCGUGCCGAGCUUGAUGAAACUUAAAUCGUCGAUCGAGGUGGACGAAGCGUUGCAAGAGUUUGCCUCAAAGGUGUGUGGGCAAAACUGUGUCACACGGCUCGACAGUGAGUACGGUCCAACAAUGCUCAAUGCGGAUGGUAUCUAUCUUGCUACUUUUUCGGCACUACUGCUCGCGCUACAACUCAUGAACAGCGGCCACUACGUGGGUGAUACGAGCAAACAAAUAGCAAUACCAUUGUCUGAACAGCAGUUUGUUAUGUCGGUCCAAAACUCGGGUAUUCUCGUUUACCAGUCAUCUGCUUGGCUGCGAGAACUCUAUCAGUGUAUUUUGGCGACUAACCCGCUCAGCUCACUGCCAACAUCGCAGCACUGUGCCUUGAUCGACAUGCUGUACGAUGCGGGAGGCGUGGGGCCGACUCAGAUGCUAUCCGACUGGUUACGGCUCCAGUCAGUGGUGCGUAUACCUAACGAGCUAACCGUCAAGCAACAGGCGGCCAAAAAAAUAGCACGCCGGUUGCUGACAUGCUGUUGGGACUCGAUGGUAGCGGUGCUAGCGGCCGGACUUGGAGACGCAAGCGGUUCGCAUAAGGCACGUCUUUUGAAGCUGUCGAAGAAAACGCUGCGCGUCAAGAAGAAGGAACUCCAGGGCUCCGGUGAGACACUGUAUGCGCUCAGCCUGGACGGCCUACAAACGGCUGCUACCCUAAGUAAUGUGCUGAAAUUGCAACACUUGGCGGGAAAAAUUAUCAACUUGAUCGCAUCGAAUGUGUGUCAGAAUGCGGGACCCAAAAUUCCUGCAAGUCAUGCGCUAUCGAUGGAUGUGGUGCUCUCCGGUGCUCUAGAACUUGGUUCUCAUAGUGCCGACUGCUGGUUGCCAGUAUUUUCCGUUUGCCGUCACGUCACCCAACUGGAGCAUGACCUCUUCAGCUCCCAAAACAGUGCUCAAUCCGUUGGCAAUACGAGUGGUGCAGCGCAGUUUAAAGAUGCGGCGGAAGCGGCGCCUAAAAGUGAUGGCAGAGCGAGUAAGCUCAACUUUUCCCUGUACUCGGUAGAUGAUGACGAAACAUGUAUCGACGUGUACAGUUUUUUGCAGGCACCGAGCGCAAACUCGAACAUCAAUGUUAGCAGCAUCCUUAAGGCAUAUACUGCCAACGACACGGUGCACCUGACCCAAGCGGAUACGGCAAAGAUGCUAUGUGCACUGUCACAUCAAGCUGACAUCUUAUUUUCCGAAGCAGCCGAACGCCUCAGUUUGCCUGCAAUCCAACAGUUCCUCAAAAACCUGUGUAGGGCGUCGCGGGAGCAGUUGUACAAAAGUUCUAACUCUGUGAAGCGGGGUAAAAAAUCUUGGUGGUUGGGCAGGCCUUGGAAAAUGAAGAACGAUUCCUUACCGUUGUCGCUGCUUCUUCACCGGAUCGGCGACGUUACGCUGAAGGUAUUCCGUGGACCGCGACCGUUGCUACACGUGCUGAAAGUAUGGGCCAUCACUGGUCCGCACCUGAUGGAUGCCGCCUGUCACAAGGAUCGAAGUAUCUCAAAGCGAGCGGUAGAGUACAUUCACGAUAUCAUUACCGCCCUGCUAGUGGAGCAAACGGAGUUGCCCCAUUUUCACUUCAACGAAGCGCUACUGAAACCGUUUGAAAAUCUGUUGAGCGUCGGCAAGUGCGACAGCGACGUACAGGAUCAGAUCGUCGCUUGCUUGUACGAGAUUGUUGAAGCGCAUCGUACCGAAAUACGGUCAGGCUGGAGACCACUCUUCGGUACAUUACGGACCGCACGCAACCGUCCGGUUCAUCUGGCGAACGUGAUCGAUAUCUUUCGUGUGUUUCUCGAGACGGACAAUAUGCUCGUGUUCGCGAAUGCCGGUCUCGACUGUAUCCUAUGUUUGCUUUCUUACUUGGAAAUCUCUGGCAGUGGCCCUAUGUUGGGAGAACAGGCACCUACCGAUGACGUCAGUGUAUCGAUGCGCUCUGGCGACUUCUUGCAUGAUUCGCUCAAGUUUCUGGAGCGCUGUGCAACGAUUCUUGACUUUAUGUACAACAUGCCCCAGUGCCCCAACCUGCACUCCACGUAUAAGAUCAAGGGCAUCACCUAUACCCACAUCAUCGACGCGAACAUACCGAGCUCGAUGGAGAACCUGACUUUCGGACAGGACUAUUUGCACGCGAAUAACGAACAGUGCAUGAUCAGCUACCGGUCGCUGCACAUAGACAAGGAGUCUAUCUGUAAGAUCGACGAGCUAGACAAACCGAGUGGAGUGCUGAAGGUAUGGUUUUUGUUGCUCGACGGACUCACGAAUUCGCUGAUUGUCUGCCCGAUCGCGCACCAGUCGUCAAUACUGCAGUCAAUCUUCAAAAUAUUCAAAUCGCUCCUGCAAAGCCCGGGGAUGGUAUUUGGCUUCUACUGCAUCAAUCACCUACUGAUUCCGAUGAUCCAAGAUUGGCUACGUUACGUGAACAAGGCGCAAAAGAGCUGGGUGCUGAUUGAGAAAAAUUUUAAGCAUUGCUGCUGUAUGACCACUGACUUGGUGGUAGACUUUAUAACCAAGUCGCAUGGUAGUGACUCGUUACCUGCCGAGCGUAUUGUGAUUGGCAAGGAGUCCAACAAGUUUACCAAAUCUACCACCACUGGUGUGCAAGAGCAAGGCGAAGGAAGAAACGUUACGGUGCCGAAGCUGGCUGCUUCCAGUACGUUGGCCCUCAAGCAACUAUUGCUGGUGCUCAUCGAGUGUUCUACGCAAUCACAGGAAAUGAUCGCACGCGUCGCCGUCUCUUGCAUGAAACACAUAAUCUUUUCUGCCGGUUAUUUGUUCGACGAAGAGCAGUGGGUCAUAAUUGCGUCGGCGAUCCACCGGGCGAGCACUGUUUCGAUGGCACCACUCAAGCAACUGAUUUUUUCGUUCAACCGCAAUUCGAACAGCUUUUACGGAGAUUGCGCGAACGUAAAGGUGGCAGCUCGGCGCGACAGUACGGCUGAUGAGCUCCAGCGUAUCCACUCUCUGGCGCAACAGGUAUUUCUAAUGGACAGUCAACGAGAGUCAGUCGGUUUGCGUAUUUCAACUGCCGCUGGUCUUCAAGAGGACCGAUCGUACUCUUUUCUGUUGCAUCCACUGCUAUGACAACCGGCCGCCCACAGUAAUGUCGACUGCUAUAUUAUUCGUAUUCCCUACCGGAAUUUGAUUGUUGGUAUGCUCACCAGUCAGAUGCUGCUACAGCUGAUAGCAAAUGUACUACUAAGUGGUCUGUCGAACGUUCCGAGUGAGCUUAACACAUGUUUCUACAACAACAGCAACACCGAAACUGUGACCAGCCCCAACAGUGGUGCCCGCAUGCCGGUCAGUGAAAAAGCUUCGAAGGUCCCCUAUUUGCAUCUCGGACAGCACAGUAAGGAAAUACUACUUCGAGCAUUGCGCCAGUUUUUGACCAGUUCCAUUGAGUUUGACACUCGCCCCGGUUUAAAGUUUCUGAUCCAGAAAGUGUCCGGUAUCGAGUACGCAGCUAAUCUCUACAAGCAGAUGAACUCUUCGUGGAUUAUACAUUACAUGGUACUAGUUGACACGUAUCUGAACAAUGUUCGUGUGUUGAAGCUAGACAUUAAAGAUGUUCAAUGCGUGCUCAGCAAUUGCUGCGAGCAAUAUCCUUCGGGCAAGUGUACCGAGAGCUGUGUGCAAUAUUUGCUGGCGUUGCGUGACCUGUGGGAGCUUAUUGCCGACCACUUCAUACAUCAUCUGGAGCACGAUGCUAAUGGGAGGUUGAACGAACACAUUAGUAAUGGUGUCGAAGAGAGCCCGCACAGUGCGAGUAAUGAUGUCGUAAACGCUAAAAGCCGCAAAUGCUUACAGCAGCUAACGGGUAUCACCACACAGCAUGAAAGUUCAAAGCUAUUGAGCUACAAAGGUCACAGCAGUAGUCGAAUAAUUAAUGCCGAGGAAGAAUGUGUCGUCCAAACGCUGCCGAAGGCGGACAAUUGUCAGCUAAGUGCGAACCAAUCACACAUUUUUAAUAUGCAACAUCAGCCGUACAGCGAGCACCAACCUGAGCAACUAAAAGAGUUCAUGUCCGUGUAUCAGCACCAGCUGUUGAAGCACGAGAAUCACCAUCCGAAACCACAACAGCAGAUGAUCACCGAUGCUGGACAGCAACAGAAGUCGCAACAGUUAGCGGCCGAUAAACAACUGCUUCCGUUGGCCACCGAAAGCGCCCAUCAGAAACCAUCGAUCCCGGUAGAAAUUGAGGAGCAACGCGCACACAGCAUCCAGAGAGAUGUGUAUUACAAAACUUCUGCCUUAAGACAGCUGAUUGUAGCUUCGAUUGAAUUGAUCAAAUUGCUCCCUGAGGAGCAGUCGGAAUAUUUACAACUUUUGUUAACUCCUCGAAUUCAGGAGGCAUUUCGUUACGUUGAAGAUAAGUAACAACCGAUCGCUUGGAACGUGCCGCAUCAAUUUGCCAGAGUGCUUUGACGGACGGUCGAUAAACAUGUUGGCCCAAAGAUCCAACUACUUACCGUCAGAGAAGUAUCGGAUUCACGUGGAAUAGUGAUCACGCAAAAAUUAAUUACUUACAGUAAAACACAAUUACAUUAUUCGGCCACCUUGAACAGUCGCUCUAGCUUAUCACAAAAACUAAGCCGUAAUUGUGCAACCAUACAUGCUAAGGGACACACAUUUCAAAGGCACAAUCGAUCAUAAGUUGCGACUUGGCGAUCCCUGCUUUUGCAUAUGUGUUCAACAUGUAAAUGUUUAAAGGUAUUUAAUGCGACACUACUGUAUACAUCAAACUACAUAGUUGUACGAACCCAAAACUAUGGUUUGUAAUUAAAUAUAUAUUUCUCUUAAA